AUGGUUGUGGAUGGAAUUGCAGAAUCUCCACAUGAGACCUGGACGGAGUCUGAGGACAAAGUGAGGGAAAGUAUCUUGGAGAAACUGAAGAUGGACCACAGGAAGAUUGAGGUGAAGCACGCCCACAGGACUGUAAAACCCACCACCGGCCUCGGUGAAAGGCCCAUUCCAAUAGUGGUCAAGUUCCUGAGGUUCAAGGACAAGUGUUUCAUGGAUAACUGUGUUGAUGUGAGCCGUGACCAGCCUUUCAAAGCAAUUCAUGACUACAGAUGCCUGUAUAAGAUGCACUGGAACCCGGAGCAUGCCCAGUCCCUCAGUCAGUCCCUCAGCCAGUCCCUCAGCCAGUGGCCUGAGCAGCACCUGGAUGUGUCUUCCACCACCUCCUCACCGGCCCACAAGUCUGAGCUUUACGCCGCUGGCCACGCCCACAGCCGAGGUGGCUACGCCUGGGCCAAUGAUGACAUCUCAGCCCUCACCGCCUCCAACCUGCUGAAGAGCUAUGCAGAGAAGUACUGUGAUGUUCUAGACUCGCCAUACGACCGUCCACCGGGGCCCGCUGUAGGGGCCUACCCAGAGCCAGGGGCUUUCGGGGGCCUUAUUGGCCUCAAGACUGAGCUGGAACCCUGGCCCCUGAGCCACAGUGCAGAGGGGCCCUACCCCGGGUCCCUGGAUGGUCUGUCGGGCCCGAAGGACGAGGCCACAUCAGCAGGGCCCCCAGGGGCCAGCAAUAUGUCGGGGGUCAACAGUAACCUCUCAGAGUCUUGUUAUAGUGGUAGCAGCUCCUCCUCUGGCUCUCACUCAGGUGACUACAACCGCCCCAGCUACAACGGUACCUACGUCUCGCCUGACUACUGCCCCCAGCCCCCUUCAGCACACCCCCCUGCCUCCCUCCAACACCCCCUCCAGCCCACACCCACCCUGUUGCCCAGCUACUCCCUCUCCACCUCGGUCUACAACUACCCCCCCAGCAGCUACCCCCACCAGCCCGGCCUGGGCCCCACCUACAGCCACCCCUCUGCAGGGUACUUACUCCCGGGGCUGGCCGCCCCCACUCCCCUCCCGUCUCGGCCCACCGUGGUCGGGGGUAGCUACGGCUACCAGGAAUCCGGAGGUGGGUUGAAGAGGAAGGCGUUUGAAAUGUCAUUAGACGAGGAGGAGGAUGGCUCUAGAUACAGUAAGUAUACAGGCUACGACCCAGUGAAGCCUGGAGGAGGGGACUCUCUCUCUCCCUACAGAGUGGGAGAUAAAGAAAACAGUGGCUUCACCACGGGCAGCACAGAUCCCCAGGCCUUCAAGCCCAGUAAGCCCUCUUCCCAGCCCCUCGUGUCUCCUCCGUACAGGGUGGCUUUAGCAGGGGACUACAGCCCACCAGCAGGGAUGACUGGGGAGAACGUAGGAGGAGGAGGAGGGUCAGAGAACCAGGGCUUCACCCAGCAGCAGCACCACUCCUCCCUGGUCCACAACAAUAAACUCCGCUCCCUGCAUGGCCAGGGCCAGCCUGGGUCUGGACCAGGGGAGUCGGGCAGCCUGAAGAGCCCAGACCCCAGGCUUCUAGAUCUAGUCAACGGGGAGUUGCUGGACUGCAGCCCGGCCUUGCUAUGGGGGGAGCUGGCUGGGCUGACCCACGUCAAGGCUGCCCUGGAGGAGGAGCUGCUGUGGCCCUGUCUUCGGCCCAGCCCCGCUGUCCGCCCCCCAGCCACCAUUCUGUUAUUCGGACCCAGAGGAGGCGGGAAGACCACCCUAGCUCGCUCCAUGGCCUCCCAGCUUGGGGCCUCCUUCUAUAGGCUCAGUGGGGCCAUGUUAGCCUCUAAAGGCAAGGCUGAGGCUGAGGGGAUCCUGGGGGCCACACUGCAGGUGGCGGGGUUGAGGCAGCACUCCGUGGUGCUGCUCAGUGAGGUGGAGGCUAUGGAGAAGGAGGAGGGGUUGAGGCAGGUGUUGCUAUCUGCCCUGGAGAAGGCCCAGAUGGAGUUAGGGUUGGCGGGAGGAGCCCCUGGGCUGGUGAUCAUGGUGUGUGCCACCGGUAGGCCAGAUCUGCUCCAGGAUGCUGUGCAUCGGAGCUUCGCCAAGCGCUACCACGUGGGCCUGCCUGAUGCUUUUUACAGAAAGCCGAGUUGAGCGCAACGUGCAUCUCGAGUUAGUUAGGAUUCCAUCCAAAGAUCUGGGUUAUUCGUGAUCCAAGACAUAAAUCAGCAAUGUGUUGUCAAGGUGACAUGGUCCAAGGAAAUGGAUAAUCAGGGUCCUGUUCAUGAGGCACCAAACAAAAUAAAACAUACAGAAACAGGGAAGGAACAAGCUGGAUUUGUCCAUUAAGAAAUAUGUAUUUUCGAUUUCCAUUGCAAAACAGACUGAAUAGGGCCAGGACUUCCUAGACUCGUCCAACAUAGAACACACAUUUUUGUUUUCCAUCGCAAAACUUUUUAAAACGUUUGCCCUAAUGAACAGGACCCAGGGUUGAUUUGGGAGAACCCCCUGUUGACUGACUGCUACUCUCAGGACUCCCCUGUGGUGUUUUAGAUGUCAUUACCUUAUUCAUUACCAGUGGUGUUUUAGAUGUCAUUACCCUAUUCAUUACAGUCCUCCCCUGUGGUGUUUUAGAUGUCAUUACCUUAUUCAUUACCAGUGGUGUUUUAGAUGUCAUUACCCUAUUCAUUACAGUCCUCUCCUGUGGUGUUUUAGAUGUCAUUACCUUAUUCAUUACCAGUCCUCUCCUGUGAUGUUUUAGAUGUCAUUACCUUACUCAUUACCAGUCCUCUCCUGUGGUGUUUUAGAUGUCAUUACCUUAUUCAUUACCAGUGGUGUUUUAGAUGUCAUUACCUUAUUCAUUACCAGUGGUGUUUUAGAUGUCAUUACCUUAUUCAUUACCCGUCCUCCCCUGUGGUGUUUUAGAUGUCAUUACCUUAUU